AUGAACUACCGUGCUGGAAUAACCAAGAAGCUCGAAAAACCAAAAAUUCCAACGACUUUGCAAAUUUUUUCAAUAUUAUAUGAUACAGUCGAACUAUUUUUGGAGUUGAUACUUUCAUUUCCAAUAUAUAUAUUGACUAAACUUGGAAUAACAAAUAUAAUUCCAACUUUACUUGCAGCAAAUGUUGUAUUAGGUCCUGUUUUUGUUGCUGCUACAGUUACCACGGUCGCAUGUUCUACUGGUAUUGGCUUAGGCGUUGGACUUGGUGUGGGUUUAACUUGUUCCCAUAAUAAUACGCUUAUGAACAAUACGAAUACAACAGAUAUUAUGAACAUAACGAAUAAUACGAACAUGACAUAUCUUAUGUAUCGGGUGGCAACACUUUAA